GCACAUUGUUCUUGGCGAUGCGUCCCACAAUGAUCCCAGUACACUUGACCCAACAGCUCUGUAAUUGGAGCUUGAAGCUCAAAGAGUCAUGCAAUAUUGGAAAAUGGCAAGAAGUACUUUGCCAAUUUCAUGAGAUGAAAAAAGCUGCAACUACUCAACUUACAGACCCUACUGUGUUUCCUUCUAUUCUAAAAGCUUGUUCAAACAUUUCAACUGGAUAUGGAAAAUCAGUGCAUGGAUAUUUGAUAAAGAAAGGCUUAGAAUCACACACUUCCAUUAGUAAUUCCACUAUGGACUUGUACUUUAAAUCUGGUUAUUUUGAUUCUGCAUUAUGUGUUUUUCAUAGCAUGAUGAGCAAAGAUUCAGUUUCUUGGAAUAUUUUGGUAUAUGGGUACCUUAAUCAGGGUAUUUUAGAAGGGUUGUGGUGGUUUAAAGAGGCUAGGCUUGCUGGGUUUCAACCCAAUAUUUCAACCUUGGUGCUUGUGAUUCAAGCAUGUCGUAAUCUGGGUGAGCCUAAAGAAGGGUAUACAUUACAUGGUUAUGUGAUUCGAGGUGGGAUUUUGGCUAUUCAUUCAGUUAGAAACUCCUUGUUGAGUAUGUAUGCAGGAGUUGACAUGAAAAGUGCUCACAACAUGUUCGAUGAAAUGCUUGACAGAGAUGUCGUCGCGUGGAGUGUGAUGAUUGGGGGUUACGUGCAGUGUGGGGAGGCUCAAAUUGGUCUGCAGAUGUUUCGAAAUAUGAUAUCGGAAGGUGGCGCUGUACUACCAGACGAAGUCACUAUGGUUAGUGUUCUAAAAGCCUGUGCUGAUUUAGGAGACUUGACUAUGGGAUUAUCAGUACACGGAUUGGUGAUCCUCAGGGGGUUGGACUGUGAUCUAUUUAUUGGGAACUCUAUGGUUGAUAUGUAUUCUAAAUGUAGUGAUUCUGAUUCUGCCUUCAAGAUUUUCAAGGAGAUGCCUCAAAGGAAUAUUGUAUCGUGGAAUUCUAUCACUACUGGAUUUGUCCUAAAUGAGAAGUAUUUAGAAGCAUUAUCAUUGUUCUAUUCUAUGGGGAAAUAUGGAAUUGAAGCAGAUGAGGUUUCACUUGUGAAUAUUCUUCAAACAUGUAAGUAUUUUGUGGAGCCAUUACUAUGCAAAUCAGCUCACUGUCUAAUCAUCAGGAAGGCUUAUGAAAUGAAUGAAAUGGUGCUCAACUCGCUACUCGAUGCUUAUGCAAAGUGCAGCCUCGUUGAUCUAGCACGAAAAGUUUUUGAUGGGAUCGAAAGAAGAGAUGUAGUUUCAUGGAGCACUAUGAUUGCAGGGUUCACCCAUUUCGGCAAGCCAGAUGAUGCAAUUGCUGUGUUCCAAGAAAUGCAGAAGGAACAGGAGAAACCCAACACAGUUACCAUUUUAAAUCUUUUGGAGGCUUGUUCACUAUUAGCUGAUCUAACUAGAUCCAAGUGGGCACAUGGAAUUGCCCUUAGAAGCGGGUUUGCUUUAGAAGUAGCUGUUGGAACCGCGAUUCUUGACAUGUACUCAAAAUGUGGGGCGAUAGAAGCGUCGAGAAGAGCCUUCGACCAAAUUCUGAAGAAAAACAUUGUCUCAUGGAGUGCCAUGAUAGCUGCAUAUGGUAUGAACGGUCUUCCUCACAAAGCCUUAGCGUUGCACUCUGAUAUGAAAGUUCACGGUCUGAAUCCAAACUCGAUAACAACUCUCUGUGUUUUGUCUGCUUGCAGUCACGGAGGCUUAGUUGAAGAGGGCAUUUCCUUCUUCAACUCAAUGGCUCAAGAACAUGGAAUUGAGCUAAAAACUGAACACUAUUCCUGCCUAAUAGACAUGUUGGCUCGAGCUGGAAAGCUGAACACCGCGAUGGACAUCAUAAGGAAAAUGCCUAAGAAAGGAUUAGAGGCUGGUCCAAAUGCUUGGGGGGCACUCUUGAGUGCUUGUAAGAACUAUAAAAACAGCCAACUUGGUUCAGAAGCAGCCUCUCGUGUCCUCGAGUUGGAGCCAUUGAAUUCAACGGGCUACUUGGUGGCUUCGAGUUUGUAUGCUGGUGGUGGACUAUGGGGUGAGGCUGCAAAUAUGAGAAGGUUGAUGAAAGAGAGAGGAGUAAAGGUGGUUGCUGGUUAUAGUUUAGUGUAUGUUGGUAACAUUGCAUCUAAGUUUGUUGCUGGAGAUUACUCUCAUUCACAAUAUGGAGAUAUCCAUUUUAUGGUUGAAUUCUUGCAUAGUUGUAUAAAGAUGGAGAAGAAGAAUGAUUUGACAGAAACCAUUUAGUUUUCUCCUUGUGAAUAGUGGAUAUUUGUUAAGCAGAUUCCAAGCUUGGUUACUCAUGUAAGAAUUAUAAAAGGAAUAGCCUCACAGUCCAAUUAAGUGUCACAAGGAAGGGAAAGAAGUAACAAAAUAGAUAUGUAACUUGGAAAACAAAAUAUGGUCAUGGCAUUAUUCUUAUUAUUUCUUUACAAUGAGGAUGAUGAUGUAGUGUAAAAUAUAAUACAGACUCUACAUCAAAAAUUGUCAUUAAAACACACAAUUAUAAAC